GGUUGAAUGGUGCUAAUUGUGCCCUAACGCUUCGAGAUUUUCCAAUGUACGUGUCCAAAUUCGAGGCGAGCAUGGCUACGAAUUUUGUUAUUUAUCUAGCCCUUGGCGCACUCCUCUGCCUAGCCACAGCGAAGGGGGAAAUAGUGAACACAAAUGUGGAGCGAACGCUGGACCUAACAUCGCAGCUGGUGAAGACCACCACAAAGAUAUCGGCGGAAGACUCAGCCGGCAAGCCCAUCGUCGAAUACGUGUUUUUCACAUCGGAGCCCAGUUUGGCGUACAUUGCCGUGAAGGAUAGUGGCGACAAGAGUGUGCCGUUCAAGCGAAAUGAGCCCGUAAAGGGGGAACAGAGCUUCACGUUCACCUUCCCCAAGGCGGCCGCCAAGCAGACUUUUGUCGUCGAGACCGUAGCCUCCAAGGGCAUCCGCCCACAUCCGGAGGAGAUUCGGCAGAACGACAAGCAGUUCGUUAGAUAUUCGGGCAAUCUGCACCUCUACUCCAAGUACAGAACCACCAGCCAGAAGACCAAUGUCAAGCUCAGCUCCUCGAACAUUUUGUCGCACACCCAGGUCAAGCCCUUCUCGGUGUCCUCCAACAAGAUCACCCUGGGACCCUACGACAACGCAGAGGCCUUCAGCCAGGAGGCACUGGUCAUCCACUAUGAGAACUCCGCGCCUUUCGUCACCGUCAAUACCCUGGAGCGUACCCUGGAGAUAUCGCAUUGGGGCAACAUUGCCGUCCAGGAGUCCAUUCAGAUGACGCACACAGGGGCCAAGCUGAAGGGAUCCUUCUCGCGCUACGAUUUCCAGAAGGAAGGACGCUCCGGACUGGCGGCCCUUAAGUCGUACAAGACAUACUUGCCGGCAUCCGCAUCUGGCGUCUAUUACCGCGACACCAAUGGCAACAUUUCCACCUCCAACAUGAACGCGGUGCGAGACUUCAUCGAGCUCGAGCUCCGUCCGCGCUUCCCGCUCUUUGGCGGCUGGAAAACGCAGUACACUCUGGGCUACAAUGUACCCUCGUACGAAUACAUGUUCAACGAUGGCAACAAGUACCAGCUGAAGAUGCACCUUAUCGAUCACAUCUACGACAAUAUGGCCAUCGAUGAUGCCACCAUCAAGAUUAUUCUGCCCGAGGGAUCCAGUGACAUUAGGCUUUCCACACCCUACUCCAUCAGCAGAUUGCCCAACGAGCUGGUGCACACCUAUCUGGACACCAUUGGCCGCCCGGUGGUCUCGUUCUCCAAAUCCAACUUGGUCGAAAGCCACAUUUCGGACUUCACGCUCUACUACAGCUUCUCGAAGACUUCUAUGCUGCAGGAACCUCUGCUGGUCAGCGGCUUUAUUUAUAUCAUCUUCUUGUUCACUAUCAUCUUCUUACGCUUGGACUUUUCGAUUACAUCCCAUGCCCAUAAGGAAUAAGUAAAUUCUGUAGAUUUCCAUUAAAUAUAGUCACUCUCAUCAUUUUGUAAAGGAUCAAACUGAAACCACUACUAUUUUGCAAUAACAAACGAAAAUAAAUAAAAGCUUGCACAUGAUGGCGUGAAAAUUAUUAUAAAACGGACGAACUUGUA